GCAGAACAGCUGAGUGUGACGCUCCGCGGUUAAAAGUUGAGGCGUAUAUUAGAGGUUACAGAGCUGCAGACUGAAGCCUCUGCUGGGGACUGAGCGCUUAGCUGGGAGCUGUGGCGUGCAGUUGGUGCAAACAUGGGUCUGAGUGAUAUUUUAACACAGAUUGAGAGUGGAAACGAGGAGGAGAUUAGGAUGCGUUUGUUUGAAUACAACACAGAGAACAGUAAGACGUUUGCCUUUGAUUGCGGCGAAGAAGAUGCUCGAAUAAAGCUCUGUCAAGGAUUGCUCACUGUGCUCAGACAGUCUGUGCAGCCCCAGUGCCAAAGCACCUGCCUGGAGACCAUGCGCAUUCUGUCUCGUGACAAGCGAGUACUGGGUCCUGUAGCCACUCGAGAUGGUAUCCUUACGCUUUCAGGACUGGCCCGGAUCACGCUGCCAGACGCUGAAGUAGAACCUUUAGAAGAUGUCAAGUCAACAGCAGAGGAGCGUGUGGUGGUGGAAGCCCUGAAGUGCCUAUGCAACGUGAUAUUUAACAGCGUGGCAGCACAGCAGGUGGGUGCGGAUGUGCGGCUAGCACAAGGAAUAUGUGCCCACCUGCGCUUGUCCAGCUCCAUGCACCAUGAGGUGGGCCUCUUUUCUCUCCGCCUGCUUUUCCUUCUAUCAGCCUUGCGGCAGGACGUCCGUGGUCGACUGUGCAAAGAGACGGGUGCUGUAGGGCUGCUCACUGGAGUGCUGGAACAUACACUGGAUGUUUGCUGGGCUGGGCCAUAUGAAGUCACACCUCCUGAUCCCCUGGCCCCACCUGUUCCUCGUGAGAAGAGUGAGCAGGUGAUGGAAACCCUGAAAGCUCUGUUUAACAUCACAUUGUCUGAUACCAGUGAUGAGGAUAAUUAUCACCAGCUGCGACGUGUUGCAGCCAUAUUGAGGCAUAUAUUGAUGUUGAGGACUGAGACCGAAGAGAAAACAGAGGAGGCUCACAGCCAUGCCAUAAACCUCCUGAGCAAUCUCCCUGUAUGCUGCUUGGAUGUCCUGAUUGACGUGCCUUUACAGGGAGGCCUUGAGGAGUAUGGUGGGAAGAACCUGGAUGUUGUCCAGAUUCUUGUGGACUUCAUGGAAAAGAGGAUAGACAAGGGGGUCAACUACAAAGAGGGCCUGACGCCAGUUCUGAGUCUGAUGACGGAGGGUUCCAGAUACCACAGGGAGAUCCGCAGAUACCUCAAAGCAAAGGUUUUGCCACCUCUUAAAGACGUCAAGGAGAGGCCAGAAAUAGGCACCACAGUCCGAAACAAACUGGUGCGUCUCAUGACUCACGUAGACAUGGGAGUAAAACAGGGGGCAGCAGAGUUUCUUUUCGUCCUCUGCAAGGAAAGUGUUGACAACCUGUUGAAGUACACCGGCUAUGGCAAUGCUGCAGGGCUGCUGGUGGCUCGGGGUCUUCUGGCAGGGGGUAGAGGAGAGACGGAGUAUUCCGCUGAUGAGGAUUCAGACACAGAGGAGUACAAGUCAGCAAAACCAUUCAUAAACCCCAUCACAGGCCACAUAGAAGAGCCGAUGCCGAACCCUAUUGAAGACAUGACUGAGGAACAGAAGGAAUACGAAGCUCAGAAGCUUGCGAACAUGAUUGGCGAGCUGUCACGGCAGCAAUUGAUCAGGCCAAUGGGUGUGAGGAAAGAUGGCUCACUAGCCCCCCUGGAGGAGGCAAUCCGCACAUGCAGAGUUGCAGACAGCAGUGACUCUGACUCUGAUUAACAUGGGCCAGUCUUGCUCACUCGCGCACCACAGGGUCUCUGCUGCCCCUCAGGGUGAAGCCACUGAAAGAGUCUGAUAAAGAUCCAAAAAGAACUGUCCCACACAGAGACAGGGCAGGAGCAGGAUGCCCUACUGCAAACUUCUUUCGUUUGUGUGAGUAUGUUUUUGAGAUGUGUAGAACACGGUAAACGCUGACCGCAGAGGGUCAGUCACAGGCUUUGGAGUUUGGGCUCACCUUUAUUAUCAUUCCUCACCUUAUUUAGAGUUCACUGGUUUGUUAGAAGGCAGUUCCAAGUAGAAGAGGAUGAGUUGUCAGGUCUGCUCUGGCAAGUUGGUGAAAUGACAGGAAAUUAGACUGUUAAAUGAUUUAAUGUGCAGAAUAUACUGUUUCUGUCUUUAAGGAUCUCUAUAACUUAUUAAUUAUGCCAACGGAAAAAUGACAGAUCUUAGCACUUUGGGUGAUUGAUCCAUAUGUGAGGAAUGUUAUCCUAUAUUUUAGUCAUGUAUUGUACUCAGAGGUCACACAGAUCAGUCACCAAAUGCCUACGAUUAUUUCAGUGUGGCUUAACAUUGAUGCAGCUUUAAAAAGUAUAAUUCCAGUGUCUCUCAAAAAAUGUUCCUAAAUAGGUGUCGUCUUGGAUUUGAGCUUUCAAGAAUGUAAUGGAUGUAAACCGUUUACCCUAAUUUGAGGUUCUUUAAUCUUAAACCCUAUCAGACGUAAAGUCUCAGUCUUAAAAUAAAGGUUCUCCAAUAGUUUUUGGCCUGGACAUGCAGCUGUAGGAAUUUAUUUACCUUUUGCCGAGUUUCUUCAACUUUUGAAAAAUUAGGUAAAGAUUUUAUAGAGCUGUGUUUUAACCAUUUAUGAACCUGUAUUUUUGGGACAAUACGUUUGAUAAGGUUAAGAACAAUGGAAGUGUUUUGUAUAACGAGCUAAAAAUAUUAAUUGCAUUUCUUGGGCCAUAUAAUCAGUGAGUUAAUGCCUGAAUCUUAAUUCUGAGGAAUUUCAGCUGCUAGCACUGUGGCUGUCUACCUGAUCGGUUCUUCUGAGGCCUCAGUUUCCUGUUAAAGUGGUCAAACACUGGGCUUUUUAGCGAAGUUCUUUGUACAAAUCUUUUCAGAUCUGUUUAAAAAUAUGUUCAGACUUCUUCGGCCUUACUUCGGAUUCUGCUAUUUGUAUUUAAUGUUUUCUUUGAAAUCACAUUUAGUGUGGAGCAAGGAGAGAUUUUUAUUAAUGAUUUUGUACAAAUAUGUUUCUUGUUUUAAAUUUUGUACAUUUAAUGAGUGGAGUCACAAGUAGCAUGCAGAAUGUGCUUUUCACACCACAGAUCUACAUUAUCAAUUUUUUUUUGGUUUUUAUUGAAAUGAAGAUGCAUUCAUUGCAACACUUCACUAAAUAUGUAUCAAUUUCUUAUUUUCAUUUCCCCCUAAUCUUUGAAUCUGUUUUUGUACAUGUGCGCCUCUCUGUCAUUGCACUCUAUUCUUAUUUUAUUCUUACUGCCUUUGUCAAAAUGAUUAUUGCUCAUGUUCUCUCAUAAAGCAUGAUUUUAACCAAGAA